AUGCUCGUCCUUCCUUCAGCGGGGAGGCGGGGGGUGGGGUUUGGCUUCCAGUUGAAGGGCCAAACAGCUAUAAUUUACAGAGGUCCCUAUUGUGUAAAAAUACCAGGGAAGGUGCCCCAGAGCUUCUGUCGAGCUUCUCUGGGGCAGCUUCCCGAGCUGGUGCCAGGUGGGGCCGGAGGGCAGUCACUGUGGCCAGAGAGGCCUGCGGUGCUCAGCGCUGCACGAAAAUUAUCAGAGAUUGUUACAGACGAUUGCUGUUCUCAAGGGUCUGGGGAAGGGGUGGCAGGCUCCAUGUCGGGCCGUGAAGGUGGCAAGAAGAAGCCCCUGAAGCAGCCAAAGAAGCAAGCCAAGGAGAUGGAUGAGGAAGAUAAGGCAUUCAAGCAAAAGCAGGAGGAGCAGGAGAAACUCCAGGAGCUAAAAGCAAAAGCCUUGGGGAAAGGCCCCCUGGCCACUGGUGGAAUCAAGAAAUCUGGCAAAAAGCACACGGCAGCAGCGUCCUCUUUGGACUUCAGGGAUUCCCUGUGGGACUUGCCAGCUGGUACCCAUCCCUGUGCCGCUGCGAAUAACGCUUCGGAGAGCCAGAACUAG